AUGGGUCAAGAGCUGUGUGCAAAGGCUCUGCAGCCUGGAUGCAGCUGCCAUCGCUGUUGGGAGGGAGGCAACGCACCCAGCUGUCAGAGGAGUGCGCCUGUGACGACGGAGGCUGCAAUCGAGCUAACAGACCUAAAAGAAGCAUCAUAUUCCAUGACUUCAUUUCACCCCAGGGGACUUCAGGCUGUGCAUGCCCGGAAGUUCAAGAGUAAAAGGCCGAGGAGUAACAGCGAUUCUUUACAGGAAGAAGAUCUGAGGCAAGGUUUUCAGUGGAGGAAGAGCCUCCCCUUUGGGGCAGCUUCAUCUUACUUGAACUUGGAGAAGCUGGGUGAAGGUUCUUAUGCUACAGUUUACAAAGGGAUUAGCAGGAUAAAUGGACAACUAGUGGCUUUAAAAGUCAUCAGUAUGAAUGCAGAGGAAGGAGUCCCAUUUACAGCCAUCCGGGAAGCUUCACUCCUGAAGGGUUUGAAACAUGCCAACAUUGUGCUGCUGCAUGACAUAAUACACACCAAAGAGACACUGACGUUCGUAUUUGAAUAUGUGCACACAGACUUGGCUCAAUAUAUGUCUCAGCACCCAGGAGGGCUCCAUCCUCAUAAUGUCAGGCUUUUCAUGUUUCAACUUUUGCGGGGCCUGGCAUACAUCCACCACCAACACGUUCUUCACAGGGACCUGAAACCUCAGAACUUACUCAUCAGUCACCUGGGAGAACUCAAACUGGCUGAUUUUGGUCUCGCUCGAGCCAAGUCCAUUCCCAGCCAGACAUAUUCUUCAGAAGUUGUGACUCUCUGGUACCGCCCUCCUGAUGCCUUGCUGGGAGCCACUGAAUAUUCCUCUGAACUGGACAUAUGGGGUGCAGGCUGCAUCUUUAUUGAAAUGUUCCAGGGUCAACCCUUGUUUCCUGGGGUUUCCAACAUCCUUGAACAGCUGGAGAAGAUCUGGGAGGUGCUGGGAGUCCCCACAGAGGAUACCUGGCCUGGAGUUUCCAAGCUACCUAACUACAACCCAGAAUGGUUCCCACUGCCUAAGCCUCAGAGCCUUCAGACUGUCUUCAACAGGCUGGGCAGGGCUCCCGAAGCUGAAGAUCUGGCCUCCCAAAUGCUGAAGGGCUUUCCGAGAGCCCGUGUCUCAGCCCAGGAAGCGCUGGUUCACAAUUAUUUCAGUGUCCUGCCAACUCAGCUGCACCAGCUUCCAGACGAGGAAUCUUUGUUUACAGUUUCAGGAGUGAGGCUGAAGCCAGAGAUGUGUGACCUUUUGGCCUCCUACCGGAAAGGUCACCACCCAGCCGGGUUUAGCAAAUGCUGGUAAAAAGAAAGGGUGAGAUUACCAAGAUCUUCCAGGGCUAGUUUACUGUUGCUUCAGUUUUAAUUUGCUUCAGCUUACUAAGAAGCUUCAAAUCUAACUCCACACUGGACCAAGGGUUUUAUACCAUCACCUGUGAUGUGGAACAUUUUAAAUACUAUGUCCAAGGCAACAGCACAUAGUCCUUGAAGAAAAAGCAGUAAACAGUUAUUGCUAUCGUCAUUUGCCUAGAAUUUAACAGUGAUUGGCUCAAAAAUUAGACAUAGACGGAAAUCAUCUGAGAAGAGGACUUCUGAAUAAUUUCAUCCAUUUCAUUAUUUGAUAGAGAGAUCCGUGGGCCAGAAGGAGAACAGGACAGAUGGAGACAACAAUUGAAAGACUUUGGAGACAGAGCUCAUGCUUAACAGAGGCCUGUCACUCCUGUGUUCACUUACGAUUUUCCCCAACAAAAGGACUUCUGUGGCCAAGGAGAGGAUUAGGCUAAAGUUUAAAAAAGCCUCCAGGGAAGGUGGUUUCUUGGAUAUAGUUGUCAACAAAAGGACUUGCUUAAGACUCUUUGUUAUGAUUUCCUAGGGGUCGCCUCUUCCUCCGCUAACUGGAUUAUCAAAACACAUUACCCCUCCAUCCCAGCCAGACUUCAGUAGGAGUUUGGAUUGAGCUGCUGGUUAGAAUUAAAUUUCAGGCUGUCCUCUUCUACUGAACUCUAUUGUCUGUGAUGAUAGCAAAAGUGAUGAGGAAUCUCAGCUCUGAUUUGAUGGCAGAGAUACUGAAUAGAUAGAUAAAGGCCAAGAGUUCCAAAGUAGUAAUUCAAGUCCUAUUGCACCAUCAGACACACAUGCAUGUCUGCACACACAUAAGCCUCAAAUAAAAUGAGAGAUCUGUC